AAACUGCUUGCUAACCCAGAGCUGUAAUUGUAGAUAUUCCAUAUAAUACGCAUUUAAGUAUCGAGGGUUAGCCUAAUAGUAAUACCGCAGGGGCGAAAGAGACAAUGACAUCUUUGGGUUUUUAUGUUGCAAAAAGUAAAUGCCAAAAUGUAGAGAACAAAGAGUUAGUUUUAGAGCAGUUUGUUUCAGAUGUACUUGAUUUCAGUUCUCAGUAUGGCAGCGAUUUCAGUAUCUCUUAUACUGCUGCAAAUAUUAUUGGGAAGCCAAAUGUUUAUCCAAACUAUGGCGAUUUCACUAAAGCAUUUAUUAUGAGAACUUAUGGACCAUGGUGGAGUAUAUGUCCAUCUGUCCCACAAGCUUUUUUAGAAAUUCAGUUUGAAGAAAAAGUUUCACCCAUUCGUAUUGACAUCUAUGAGACUUAUAAUCCAGGAUCUGUUGUUCGAAUCUCAGCCUUUGAUGCAUCAGAAGUAAAGUGGCAUGAGUUAUGGAGUGGCUCACCACAAUACAUGAAGCCAGAAGCACGGUUAUUUUCUCCAAAUAUUAGCAAUGCAAAUUUCUUGACAAAUCAUCUUUGUGUUGAGUUCUUCCACAAACAUUUGAGUUACUAUUCAGAAAUUGAUGCCAUUUUAUUGGUUGGGACCAAAAGAAAUGUGUUUUCUAGCUUUACUAGUGGUAGAAAACUUGAAGUAGAUAAUGUUCUGACCAGCUUUGAUCUGUGGACACUCCAAUCAUCAGUACAAGCUUCUGAAAGUCUUCUCAGAGGCAAUGGCUAUUUUGACUUGAUACCAACAGAAGUUCUACACCUUAUUUUCAGUUACUUGGAUUUGAUUUCCAUUUGUAAAGCAGCUCGUGUCUCUAGUAAUGAGCUGAAUUUAGAAUCCUUGAGUUCAAGCAAUGUCAUGGAACUACCUUUCAUCACAGAAGAAGAAAAACCUAAUCCAAACAAUGACACUGGACUUCGUUCACUUUAUGGCAUUUAAGUUCAUAGGUUGUUCAAGAAACAUUUUUAUGACCCAGUUUUAUUCAGUGAGCUUGAUCUACAACCUUACUGGGAUAAGGUUACUGUAGUUACACUUCAAGGUUUGGAGAAUAGGUGUUUAUCAUUACAACGGCUAAACCUCUCAUGGUGUGGUGGUGAGGGAAGACUCACACCUGUAAGUUUCAUACAGUUUAUCAAAAAAUGUGGGCAAGAGUUAAUUUUCCUCAAGGUCUCAAAAUGUUCAUUUUUGAAUAAUGAAUGCCUUAGAGCCAUUGCAGAAUACUGUCCAAAGCUACAAGGCUUAGAAUUGAGAAAUUGUUGCCAAGGUCCCUUGGAUCAAUUUGGUUUUAUACAGAUUGCGAGAAUUUGUGAACUUCAGUGGUUGGAUCUCUAUCGUACAUUUAUUGACAAACAUUCCAUUAUAUCAAUUCUAAGGUUCUGUCCUCACUUAGAACACCUAAAUCUUGGAAGCUGUAAUGCUAUUAAUGAUUAUGAUGAAGUUGCUUCUGAAAUAGGAAGAACAGUUAGGUCAUUAAAAUCUGUGAACUUUUGGAGAGCCAAAUCACUCAGUGCUGCAGGUGUUAGAGCUAUUGCUGGACAAUGUCUACAGCUUGAAGAAUUGGAUUUGGGUUGGUGCCUAGAAGUUGAUGCUUCUUCAGGAUGCAUCAGAGAACUUGUCCUUAAGUGUCCAAAACUAAAAAAACUAUUUUUAACAGCCAUUCGUACAGUUUCUGACAAUGAUUUGAAUGCUAUAGCCUCUCAUAGCUCAGAACUUGAGCAGCUAGACAUUCUAGGAACAAGAGAAGUCAGUACAGAUGCUGCUUUUAGAGUUUUAAUUAACUGUAAAAAGCUGAAAAUGUUUGAUGUGUCAUUUUGCAAUCAACUGGACCACCAAAAUAUUCAAGAAUGGAGAGAACUAUUUCCUUAUGUGGAUAUAAAAAGAAGUUUUCAAACAUAAAUUGCUAUUGCAGUAAAAUACGUAACUACAGGAUUACUUUAUGUUAACAGUUGUUUCGUUUUUUGCAUUGGGAAGUUUUGACUGCUUUACUGCAGCCAUCUUCAUGCUUAAGUGGUGGUAUUGAAAAAGCUGCAUGUUAUGAAGUAGUUGUCAUUGUAAUAGUAUUAACAGUGUAACUAAGUAUAUUUGUUAAACCUAGUUGUGAAUAUUUAAUUUUUAAUUUAAAAUAUGAAAAAAAUUAAUAUGUAGUUGUGUGUACAUUCACAUGGUUCCCAUGUGUUAUGGAAACUGGUAGAAGUCAGUGAAUUUUAUAUUUUGCAUUCCCAUCCUAGAGAAGUUCAGGGAAUUUUAUUUUAUAGACAAAAACUGGCUAAAGUCAGUGAAUCUUGUGUGAUUCAGUGAUGCUUCUAGGACAUAGAUGGAAAAAAAUAAAUUAUCAUUAGUGCAAAAAAAUUCCAUACAGGUUAAUUCUGGUGCAUUUAAUAUGUCUUUAUGUACAUUUUAUGCAUAAAUAAUGUUUUUUCUACAUUGAUCCUUUUCUUUAACAUCAAUUAUCAUAGUGUAUGAAGGCAGCCAUAAUAGAUUGUGUAAAGUUUAGGUUCUUACCUAAAUAGAGUCUAAGGACUCUGGAUAAAGCUUUGUCUCAUCUUACUAAAACUAGGUCACAAAGGGUCAUUUUACAACAGCCUAAGAGCCCCUAACAAAUUCCUAGUUAGAAAUAGGCUGUUCCCAUUAAAUACAUAAUUUUGAUCUUACAAAUUUUAUUGCAUUCAUAAAACAGUCUCCAUGAUAGUUGUCAUUUGAAAUCUUUGAAUUAAUGUAACCAUAUAUUUAUCAAUUGAUCAUGUUACAAAAAACAUUUCCAGGCUUAUGUAAACUUUGUCCAUUCAUGAGAUCACCAGAUUAUACUUAAACUUAAGUAAGUGAUAAAUUAUAAUUAUACAUACAGGAUACUUCCUGUAUUAAAAUGUGUUUGUUACUGACAGUGAUAUUGCAUUGCAUUAUUACCCCACUAAAGUGUCAAGUUUUUCAUUUUGUUCUAACAUUACAUUGCUUGUUACAUUAAAUAAAAACUACUACUAAGUAAAACAUUUCCAAAAAGUACUCAUAUUAUUACCUCUACCACUGAAGGUGCACAGAGGUUAUAUUUUCAUCCCUGUGUAUGUGUUUUUGUCAGCAAGAUUUCUCGAAAACCCCUGAAUGGAUUUGAACAAAAGUUGGUAUACAUUUGGACUAUGACCCAACUUAGAAGUGUUUACUUU